UACACGCUAACACAACAUUGGCGACGAGGUACCCACACUAAAAUAAAAUAAAAAAUGUCUUUCGGAAAUUUAAUUAAUUUCGAUCAUAACUCGCAAACUUGGAAGACUUGGAGAUGCAGACUCACACAGUGGUUCAUCGCGAACGACAUUAACGUGGUGAAAGAUCCAGCAGGAGUCAAAAGACGGGCCAUAUUGCUUAGCACACUCAGCGAAUCUACCUACAAACUGGCAGCUGAUCUCGUGUUGCCUAAAGAAGUUCAAGAAGUACCAUACGAAGACAUAGUUAGUGCCUUGGAUAAUCAUUUCACUCCAAAAUCAGUGGGCUUUGGCGAGCGUCAUCAUUUUUAUGCCGCCACACAACUACCCCAGGAGUCACCAUCACAGUGGGCUGCGAGGCUACGAGGUCUCACUUCCCAAUGUAACUUCAGCAAUGUAGAAGAAGCAUUAAGAGAUCGAUUCAUUAUGGGUAUGCUGCCGGGCGUGGAGAAAGAAAAAAUGUACGUGCAGGAGCUGGCCGGGUUGACCUUCGCCAGGGCUGUGGAGCUGACCGAGAGCUUGCGCAGCGCCCGCUCGGCUGCUGCUGCAAGCGCUGCUACCGAGGCUGUCGUUACAGAGCUGUACAAAAUAGGCAAACGUUCUCCGACUAGUGUACCUCAAAGUGCAAAAGUGAAGUGUUCCGUGUGUGGUUAUUCGAAUCACAAAGCCGCGGAGUGUCGUUUUGCGAGUUACACUUGUAGGAAGUGCAACGAAAAAGGGCAUUUGCGUAGAAUGUGCAAAAGAGUCAGUUAUGUUGUAACGGAGGAGAACGAUGGAGGUGACGAUGACGACGGUAAAGUUUAUAACAUUCGAUCUUUUCGAGGUGAACCAUUAAUCGAAGCCGUGUGUGUCAAUGGUAUUAAAAUUAACUUUGAGAUUGAUAGUGGGUCAGCUGUUACCGUUAUGUCCCACGAUACAUAUAACGAACAUUUUAAAAACAUUCCCUUAUUAAGCACAAAUAAGAAGUUAUUAAGUUACUCCGGUGACGUGUUAGGUUGCGCCGGUCGCGCUCAGUUGUUAGUGGAGUGGCGGGGUCGCACGCGCCAGCUCGACGUGUACGUGGUGCGCGACGGUGGACCAUCUUUACUGGGCCGCGACUUCAUCGCGCAAUUUGAACUGCAGCUAGCGCCCGUAUAUAAAUGUGCCACUACCCGAGACACGUUGAAAUUAAUACAGGAACAAUAUCCCGCCGUGUUCUCGGACAAGCUAGGUCAAUUCAACAAAUAUAAAGUUAAUUUGAGAUUAAAAGAAAAUGCUCAUACUAUAUUUUUUAAACCACGGCCGGUCGCAUUUGCUCUGCGUGAAAAAGUAGAAAAAGAGAUAAACCGUUUAGUGGGACUGGGAGUACUCCGACCAGUCGAGCAUUCCGACUACGCGUCACCAAUAGUUCCGGUACUGAAACGUGACGGUUCGGUCCGUAUCUGCGCGGACUACUCUGUAACUAUAAACAAGCAGUUAGUUGUGGAACAGUAUCCGUUGCCUACCGUAAACGAGUUGUUUUCUAAACUAUACGGAGGCCAGAAAUUUACUAAAUUAGAUUUGUCAAUGGCCUACGGACAGUUUUGUCUGGAUGAAGAAUCCCAAAAGGUAACUUGUAUCAAUACGCAUAAAGGGAUAUUCGCGUAUACGCGUUUGGUAUUCGGGUUAGCUAGUGGGCCAUCAAUUUUCCAGCGAGCCAUGGAUACAGUGCUAGCGGGCCUGGACGGCACGCUGUGUUUAUUGGACGAUGUGCUCAUAACGGGUCGCAAUGACUCUGAACAUCUUGAGAGACUGCAUCAGGUCCUACAACGGUUGCAAGACGCAGGAUUUGUUCUACAAAAGUCUAAAUGUCAGUUCUUUCAAGAUGAGAUUAAUUAUUUAGGGUCUACCAUUAAUAAAGAGGGGCUAAGAAAAUCACCCGAUAAAAUAGAAGCAAUAUUAAAGGCACCGGCGCCUACGAAUGUUAGUCAACUACGAUCUUUCUUAGGCUUAGUAAAUUAUUAUAGAAAUUUUGUACCGAAUGCAUCUUGUAUUCUCGGGCCAUUAUACGAACUUUUAAAAAAAGAAACAAAGUGGCGUUGGUCUAAGUUACAUGAUAAGGCGUUUAAUGAAAUAAAGAAAUUGUUAGCAUCCGAUAAUGUAUUGGCCCAUUUUAAUCCUAAUGCAAAUAUAAUUCUCACUGUAGACGCGUCGCCCAAUGGAGUAGGUGCUAUUCUAUCACAGGUGAGUUCCGAUGGCCAGGAAAAACCUAUCUCUUUCGCUUCGCGCACGCUCAACGACGCCGAGAAAAGGUACUCACAAAUCCAAAAGGAAGCAACCGCGAUUAUAUUUGGUGUUCGUCGAUUUCAUCAAUAUUUGUACGGCAGGUCAAAUCCAUUUAUACUAAGGACGGACCACAAACCGCUGCUCUCAAUAUUUGGCCCACAACGAGGCAUCCCAGAAGUCUCGGCAAACAGACUUCAAAGAUAUGCAAUUUUUCUUAGUGGUUAUAAUUAUUAUUAUGUAAUCGAGUACGUGAAGAGUGCAGAUAAUAGUGCGGACUAUCUGUCUCGUGCGAGUCUACCGGCCGGCGCGGGCGCGUGCGGUGGUCGAGGCGGGGGGACCAGGCGCGGAGCGGGAGCGGUCGAUGUCGAUGCGUUCGACAGCGCCUCUUAUGUUUGCUUCGCAGUGCAAGGCGCACUCCCGAUAUCGGUGACUGAAUUACGUAACGCAACCAGCAAUGAUAGCAUAUUACGUGAAGUCAUCAAAUAUAUUCAAAACGGAUGGCCUAAAAAAAUUAUCAACGCAGAAGUUAAGCCUUACUACUUAUGUAGAUUGCAACUGUCCGUUGAAAAUGGUUGCGUUAUGAGGGGCCAUAAAGUGGUGAUACCAGGAAGUUUGCGUCACCGUAUUUUAACAGAGUUGCAUACCUCACACAUGGGCAUAGUUAAAACAAAGGCUGAAGCUCGAUCUCGAUGUUGGUUUCCAGGCUUAGACGACGCCUUAGAAAAUAUGAUUAGCUCAUGUGAGGUGUGUAUGCAGCUACGACCGACUCCGCCGCGCACUCCGGUGUGCCCGUGGGAAUACCCCCCACAACCCUUUUACCGUGUACACUUAGACUUUCUAGGUCCGCUGAAUGGUCGGAUGUACCUGGUCCUAGUAGACGCGUACUCCAAGUGGCUUGAGGUGUACGAGAUGGCUUCCACAACUACUAGUGCGGUCAUUGAAAGAAUGUAUGAGUACAUGUCCAGAUACGGAUUGCCUCAUACGGUAGUUACGGAUAACGGUACUAAUUUUUGUUCUCAGGAGUUUCUUAAUUUUUGUACACUAAACGGUAUAUCUCAUAUUACUUCGCCGGCAUACCAUCCGGCAAGCAACGGACAAGCCGAAGCUUAUGUGAAAAUAGUAAAAAGGGGUAUCAAAACUUGUUUGUUGAGUAGUACAAAUGCUAGGGAAAACAAACUGCGACUAUACAAAUACGUUUUCGAUUAUAGAAACUCGGUUCACUCGACAACAGGAAUGUCUCCGGCACAGUUAGUGUUUGGUCGCAAAUUACGUUCACGUUUAGAUUUAAUGAACCCGCGUUCGCCACCGUCGCCUUCAUCUGCUUCGUUGACUGAUUAUGUUUUAUCUAAACAGUGUACGCAAAGUAAAACAAAAGGAGGGAAAGUCAGAAAUUUUGAGCUAGGCCAAGUAAUUAUGUACAAAAAAUAUCUUGUUAAUAAUAAAUAUACGUGGUGUAAAGGUGUGAUAUUAAAGAGAAUUGGUAAAAACGUAUACAUUGUAAAAGACUUUAAAUCUUCAAUACAACUCAAGAGGCACUCUGAACAGCUGUUUUCGUGCAAAACCAAAUGUGGUGCCAGUCAAACCUGGGCGGAUGACUUGAGCGGUUCUAUUGCUCCAACCGUUGCUAGUCCGGCAACGGGGAUGAUGUCGUCGCCUUGUGAUGAUAGUAGCGGCAUCGGACCUCACACACACGACGAAGAGAGUGCAACUGAGGAGAGGGAAGAGGAGAGCGGCCGCAUUGGAAUCUCUAGUGCAUGUGACAAUCAGCCGAAUCGGGAGUCACCGGAACCGAGUCACGUAACUGUCACGCGAGGAGUGCGUCGACCCGCGCAGUCUGAAGACUCUGAAGAAGGGGAUCUGUUCUUCGAGGCAGAGGAGGCGAGCUUGGAGCCCCAAAAUAUUAGGGAGCCCAGGUUUCCUAAACGUAACCGUCCUAGGGUUAAUUAUAGACAGUUUUAUUAAAUGUGUAGCUUGUAAUUUUGUUUGUCUUAAUAGUGUUAAUGUGUCUUAAUAGUUAAUGUGUCUUGAACUGAUAAGGGAGGAAGUGUUAUGUUUGUAAUAAAUGUUAGUGUGUCACUGGCCGUCUUGAGUAUCACUUGUCCCCAUACACGCUAACACAACACAUAGUUGUUGAUGCAUCCUCUUGGAACAAUUAUUUCAGAUCAGAGACUGUAGACGAUACAACAUUACUAUACAUUCCUAACUGGCAGUCUUUUUAAUCUAUCAGUUUUGUUAUAGUUUUAGCCGUCAGUGUGAGUGGAGGGAUAAUAUAAAAUAUUAACCUGACAAUGUUAUUUGUCGAAUCUUAGUAUGUGUGCGCAUUCAAAGCCAAUAUGUCCCAUCUUCGAGAGUCAAAGAACGGUAGCACUAGUCUCUCCAGAAUCAAUUGUCACCGAACGUAAGUUUGAUACAGCAAUUAGGCUAUCACAAGUUGUCUCCUUUAAGCGGAGGCUAGAAGAAGGUCAAUCCACAUUGGAUGAUAAAAUCUUGAUAGAAACCUUGAGGAGACAGGGUGUCAAGGCACAAGAUCUGAUAAUUGACCAUGCUGUGUUCCAGGCUGUUACAAGAAGUUCCAGGCUGUUACAAGAAGUUCUAGCAUCUGGCGGCAUCUAGCAAACCCCAGCCAGGAAAAUCAACUCUAAAGAGAAUGACCAGAUCAGUCAAACAUGGUCACUAAUACAGAGGAAUCUUACGCUACAAAUAGGUUAUAUGACUGAACAAAACACACUGCCGGAACAUGAAAGUACAAAAGCAGGAUUACAUGAAUUCUUCUCUUCUAAAAUGCCUGAUAACACGUUGAGAAGACUAGUACUUCUGGCAACAAGAUUGGCAGUUAUGGUCGAGAAGAUGGGAUUACUCCAGUCUGUCAGGUCAGCAGGAAAAUCCAUUGUGACAUUUCUAGACGAGGCAUAUAAAUGUAACAGGUGGGAUGGUCAAGCAUUUAAUAUUAAGACCCUGUGGUCCAAUCGGCUAUGUGCAAUGAAUCUAGGAUCAGACCAAUGGUAUAUAAUGCCCAGACCAUAUUUACUUAUGAUGCACAAUAAAGUGUCAGAUCUUAUAUCAGUAUUGGUAUGCAGCAACUCUAUGUCAGGAGUGUCAGGCGAUAGUAACCUAUACAAUACUUGUAUUGAAUUGGUGAGAGAGAUGUGCAAAUUAUACGUCAGACAUCAGAGUAAAUUUUAUACGGUAAUUAAGAUGUUAGAGUCUCUAGUAGUAGCUGAAGCCUUAAGAUCACGUCGGGGUCACCAGUUUGGUCGUCUUGGGUUGGUAUUAUAAAGUCUUUGCAACAAAAACACAAAUGGACGCAAAGAAAGUUUUUAUUUAAGACGAACACAAAUAUAAAAGGAGAAAGUAACAAGAAAUAGUUCAGGCAGCACAAGCAGGUAAACGAAAUAAAAAGCAAUAAUUAAAAGGCGUAGUACGAAAACAAUAACACGGGAUGCGCGCUCGCAAGUCAGAUUUCGACUGGUGGCGGUGGAUCGGUAAAAAUGCGACGACCGGUUCGUCUAUGCACCGAUGUACUCGCGAAAUAUUAUCGCCGCCGCUAUACUGCAGUUAUCGCCCGACUUUGCUUGUGAAUUUAAUUUUGUUUAGUGUAAAUGAUGUUUUGUAUGAUUGUGUGAUAAAUAAAUGUGUUGAUAUAAAAUAAAGUAUGUAUGUGUUGUUGGGUAGUGUAAUUAUAAUAAAAUAUUAUAAAAUAAAUAAAUACAUGUGAGUCACCCACAGGAACUAUCAUUGGAAGGUCUGGAAGAUGAUGAGGAUGUAGAAAGCUUAGAAGACAAGGAACUUCCAGAGAAUUUUGAUUGACUUGCUUAAACUGGUAUUUUCCUUUUAUUUUGAGACGGAACUUUGUAUGUUGGGUCUUGAUCACUUAAAUCGACAUCGCUAUUUUCAGGUUUUGAAUGUCUUUCACCAGUACAAUCGUAGACGCCUGACGUAUGUAUGAAUGUGGUUUUCAUUGCUGAUUGAAGCGGAUUACGAAUCUUUAAAAUAUACCUGUAAGUUUGAGAAACGCUGAUUUUCGGGCUUGUUUGUUAUAUUAGCUAACAUCUAGAACAAAAAAAACGUAUUUUAAUAGUAAUAAAAUAAAUAAGAUUAAUACAAAUCCAACUUUUAAAAUUAAUUGAAAUUGUUACCUGUACUGAAAUCGAUGGCACCGAUUCGUUCUUUGUCUCGUACCUCAACAAGUUCUAUCAUCUUUUUUGACCUAUUGGAUGAGAUUGUCAAUCUAAAACAUAAAUAGUAAUAUUAUGCCUCCUGUACACAUAAAAUAUUGUACGUAGUAUUUAGACCAACAAUGACUUAACACGUUAAACGCCAUGGGGUCACCGGUGACAUUAACAUUAUAUUGUCAUCUAAUCCUAAUUACCAAAGUUAAACAAUCAUGAUGUUAUGAACGCUAUCUGAUUACAAAGCGCUAAAAAGUUAAAGUUGUAGUUCGUUUAACUUCUUUGUGUUGCUACGUGUACCUUUAUAUUAUGUGUGUGUAUUAUUUCUACUCUGGAUAGUGCGUCCACAUUAGUGUUGGCUUUUCCUUUUUUAAAUUGUACAUCGAAGUUAUACUCUGCUAAUCUUACACCCGUAUCUUUAGUCGUUCACACGAGCUUAACUCGACUCGACUCAACCUCCAACGCGCGUUUUGGUAUGAUUAGUCGUAAAAAUAAACUCCACUCAAACGCCCUUGGAAAAUUUUCCUAACCGGAGUGAAGUGAGCGAACUGUCAAGUCAAGGUACGUCGCGACGUACCUUGAACGUUCCUCAAAACAGCGUUUAAUACAAGAUGACUUCUGAGAGCAGUUUUGAAGAAUUUAUUAACUAUAUUUUUGAUAGCAGAGUGUAUAAUUAUCCGUCACGAAGGUAUUUGAGAGAUGCAGAUAACCCGUUGGAAGUUUACGAUGACGACGAAUUCCGAAAACAUUACCGGCUUAGCAAAGAUUCGGUUGUGCAUAUUUUGCUGCCUUUGUUGACUAACAACAUUAAUGAAAACGAUCGUGGACUACCUUUAACGCCGAUAUUACAAGUGCUAAUUGCUUUGAGAUUUUACGCAACAGGCAAUUUUCAGAUUGUUUGUGGCGACUUGCACAAAAUUUCUCAAUCCGUAGUAUCAAAAACGGUAGCAAACAUUUCUAAGAGAUUGGCUUUGAAAUCCAGGCAAUUUAUUAAAUUCCCUGCAUUAAAUGAAACUAAAAGAAAAUUCUACCGAAUUGCAGGGUUUCCAGGUGUAAUUGGAUGUAUUGAUUGCACACACAUUCCAAUAAAAAAUCCAUCCAGAGCAAGGGGAGAAAUCUUUCGUAAUAGAAAAGGCUGGUUUUCUAUCAAUGUCCAAAUAAUAUGUGGACCGCAAAUGGAAAUAUACGACAUUGUUGUGCGAUGGCCUGGAUCUGUGCAUGAUUCGCGCAUAUUUAACAACAGCAGAUGCUGUUUGAGAUUUGAAGAAGGCGAUUUAGUUGGCAUUCUUGUCGGAGACAGUGGUUAUGCGCAGACUGGCUUUAUGUACACUCCUGUACUCAAUCCUCAAACAGACCCAGAACACAGAUACAAUCGAGCACAUCUAAUAACGAGAAACAUUAUAGAACGUGUAAAUGGUGUAUUAAAGAGACGCUUUGCUUGUUUGUGUAGAAAAUUACAAAACAGUACACCAAAUACAUGUAAUAUUAUAGUCUCUUGUGCUGUCCUACACAACGUUUGUUUAAUGACCAAUGAACCUGAGCUGAACCCUGAAAUUGAGCUAGAAAAUGUCCCAGUACCUAAUACUCAGGACUCUUCCAGAGGGAGUAUUAUAAGAUCGGCUUUUAUUUCUAGGCAUUUCAGUUAAAAAUUCUCAUAUGGGUAUCAUCAACCUACAGCAGUCCACUGCUGAACAUAGGCCUCUCCAAUUGCUCGCCACUGAGCACAAUCCUCGGCUUCCCUCAUCCAGCUCUUGCCAGCCACCCUGCACAGAUCAUCACUCCACCACUUCACAGUUUCGACUCAAGAACAUGUUUACCCUAACAGUUAUCAGUUGUCCGGCUAAUAUGGGUAUAUAAGUUGGAACCGAGCAGCGAGCACCGUUAUUGUAAUGCAGAUAGUAUUAUUUAUUUUGAAGAUGAAUGAUUAAAUUUGAUUUUGUUAAUUUUGAUAAUUUUUUUACUAAAAAAGUAAAUAGUACGAGGUUAGACUUUUGAAACUCCUUAUUUUAUUUAUCUACAUAAGAGUCAUAUUUUGCUAACUAUCUAAUAAAUAAAGUCAAUGUGA